AUGGAGCUGAGACCUGACACCAGCCACAAGGAGAAUGUGCCCCCGAGGCCAGUGACCCCCCUGAGACCAGAGCAUCGGAGACUCCAGAAGAGCCUGGGUGUCGGCCUGUCCAGUAGACGUGACUGGUGGGUGCCCGUGGGCCAGGCCGAGAGAGGAGGGCCUCUGGCCACACAGUCCCUGGGGGCAGCGCUGCACCAGGAGCCCUGCCGAGUCCAGAGCAACCUGACCAGCCCCAGCCCCAGCCCCAGCCUGGGUCUCACCCUGAGGAACACAACUGGCCACCUGACCAACUCAAGCUUCUGCCAGCAGAGCAACCUGCAGCCCCUGGCUGGGAGGCUCCAAGGGAGAGCCCAGGAGUUUGCCAUCCAGCAGAGUAACCUGAGUGUCAGGGAGACCCGCAUGGCCGAGUGUGGACGUCGCCCCAGCCCCUACCUCUGGUCAGAGCCUCAGGAAAUCUUCUGGCCCAACAUGAUACCCGGGGGAAGCCCUCUACCCCGAGGGCCACUGGUUCACCCAUCCUCUAGCCCGAGACGGUCCCGGCUGCUGGCCACAGGUACCCCCAGCCCAGAUGUCGGGCCUGCUGCAGGCCUGGCCCCUCUCGAUGGGCACACGUGGCCAGGCUCCAGAUCCCGGUGUGGCCUGGGGGGCUGGACCUCCAGGCUCUUGGAGGAACCCCUCACCCUGGAGGACCUCGCUGUCCCUGCCCAGAGCCGGGCUCAUGCCCCAUCCCGGGCUGCUGUUCACCAGCUGCUGGCCUCUGUGCAACGUCUGGGGCAUGAGGCAGUCGGUCUCAGGUGCCGGGCAACCCGGGAAGCCCCAGGCCCUGUGCAGUGGGAGCCCUGGACCAGAGCUGGCCAGAUACUCCCUGCUCGCCUCCAGCCCAGCCAGCCUGCUCUUGCUUCCUGGGAUGAGAGGAGGAAACACUCCCAAGGUCUCAGGGAAACGACAGGUUUCCCAGAGACACCGGGGGUCCAGGAUGGUCUCUCAGACAUUCAGGCAAGCAGCAAGCCUGCAUCGCUGGAGACCACUUUGGAGACGCUACCUGGGGAUGCCCUUGACCCUGAGCAGAGGGUCCUCCCUGCCCAACCCCUAUGGCCGGGAGAGACGUGUUCCCCAGGGACUACAUACAACAGGGGGCAGAGGAAGGAUCCCCUGCUCCCUCAAGGGGCGGGCAGCAGGGAGGCCAGACUCUGCUCUUCAGUCUCGUCCAGUUCAGCCUGGGGAGUCCUCCCUGGGCAGGAAGGAGGGGACAGGACCCCGAGGGAGCAGGUCAGCGGGGAGGAAGAGAGGCCGGCUUCCUGUCUGCCAGACACGGCCCCAGUGAGGAGCGCUCUGCAGAACAAAGCCCGAAACACUGUGAGCCUGGAGUCGGAGAUAGGCCGCCGGCAGUGGCGGUCCAGGUGUUUCAGAGCGUGGCGGCAUUGGGUGCAGAGGCAGCGGGCCGUGGCGGCGGCUGUGGCGCUGGGCCGCCGGCAGCUGUUGCGCAGGGCGCUGCGUGCGCUGCGGUGGACACUGUGGCUCCGGGAGGCCCAGCUGGAGGCGGCCUGGGGGCGACACACGCAGGCCCUGGUGACACGGACCUUCCAAAAGUGGAGAAACUUAAUUCAGCAGCAGAAACAAGGGCAGCCUCACGUCCAGGCUGGGCCAGGACCCCCACCCUCCGGGGGAGGCCAGGACAGAGGCCCCUCAGGAAGGAAACUGGUGGUGGACACCACUUGGAGAAGCAGGCCAGAUGAAGGACACAGGGGAGUCCAGACCCUGCAGGUUCUGCAACAGCUGGCUGUUUACCUCCUGUGGGGCCAUCAGAAGGAAUGGGCCAGGCAGGAGAAGGGGGUCCAGGGAGAGGCCUUCCAGGCCAGGCUGAGGACUCAGAGGAUAGGGAGGCCCCCUCAAGCCGGGUGCUCUCCUGCUGCAGAUGCAGCCUGGGUGGCUCCCCUGGACACCCAGCGCCAGAGGGCCUGGCUCUGCAGGUGCUUUGGGGCCUGGCAGCGGUUCGUGCAAAGAGGGACCCUGUACCGGGAACAUGUGUCCAACUGCCGGGCAAGGACCCUGAGGUUGUGCCUGCAGCAGUGGGUGCAGAUGAAGCAGCUGCGGGCCUCAGAUGGGGCGAAGGUGACCCAGCUGUCCCUUUGUUGGCGGAAGGCAGGUGAGCAGAGUGGCGGGCCUGGGGCCCAUGGCCUGGGGGUGGUGGCCCAGGCGCUGCCCCAGGACCAAGGCCGGGGCUCCCUGCAGGAAGCCCGCCGGAGGCUGGCUCUCCACCGGGCGCUGCUGCUCUGGAGGAUGCGGCUCUCCCAGCGCCAGCGGGCAGGAAUCUGGACCCACCUCUCACCCACCUCCUGGCUAAGUGGGAGCCGCCUAGUGGCGGGAACCAAGUCUGUCUCCUCACCGCAGCCUCCCAGCAUCUUGCAGGUGCCGGGCCUGCCCUCCUUCUCCGAGGGCGUGCGGCGGCGGGCGCUGCGGCGCAUCCUGAGGGGUUGGCACCUGAGGGCACAGGAUCCGGGCAGCGCCAGGAUCGCCUCGGCCCCAGGAUCGCUGGGCAGCAUCCUGGGAGGGGAGGCCCCGCCGGGCCAGAGCACACCCCGAAGCUCCCUGGGGAAGGCUUCCAGGGCCCCCACCGUCCUGGAGACGCUCCGGGUGGGCUUUCUUUGGGCAGCUGGGCAGCGGCAGCAGGGGCGGUGCCUUCUGCUCUGGCAGGCGCGGGCCCAGCAGUCCCGGGGAGCAGCGAGGUGGCACCAGCGCACCCUUCAGAGGCGCAUCCUCCUUGGCUGGAGUCACUGGGCAACAGCCCAAGGGGCCCGGAGAGAGCUGGGUGCCCGCUGGGCCUGGGAUCGGAGCUGCAGGGCCGCGCUGGGCCUGUGGCGGUGGCGGCUGGUGCAGCGGCGGCAGGCAGAGCAGUGGGCCCGGGAGUGGGGCCAGAGACUGCAGCGACGUGCCCUGGGCCACUGGCACUGCUGCUGGCAGAGGCAGCAGCUUCUGCGUGAAAAGUACCAGCAGUGGGUGCAGGUCCGCCUCCAGGCCCAGCGGAGGGCCGUGUUCCGGGGCUGGCAGCAGGCAGCAUCUCGUCGGAGACCCACGGUGGCCAGUCCAGAGCCGCUCCCACUGCAGAGCCACUUCCAGGCCCGGUGUGGAGUCGUGGGAGACACAGAGAUGCCCCAGGCCAAGCGUCCAGCCUUCCAGGAUGGCCUGAGGAGACGGACAUCAGGGGCCGCAUUUGCCAGUGAGGCCCCUGCGGCUGCAGCCCGGCCUCGGGAGCAGCAAGUGGCCUGGGCCUCCUUCUCCUGCUGGAGAAGCCGAGAGCAGAGGCGCUGGGUGGACAGGCAGUCGAGGAGGGCCUGGGCCCAGCAGGACUUCAUUGCAAGGCAAGUGGCCCCGGGCCAGCGCUGCGAGGCCCACCAGCAGGCAGGAGAAAGAAUCCAGGCCCGGGCCCGGUGCUGGACACUGUGGGAACGUGAAUCCUGCCUGCACCGGGUCAGCCGAGACCAUGCUGUCCGGAAGCUGAGCGCCAGGGUCCUAGAGGCCUGGGCCCAGUCGAUGAGCCGGGGCCGUGUCCAGCGAACUGCCAUCACCCAGUUCCAGCAGGCUGGGCCCAGGCGUCUCCUGCGAACCCACUGGGCUCAGUGGCGGACAGUGCUGCUCAGCGUGUGGCUGGAGCCGCAGGCAGAGGACCAGGAGGCCGGCACAGCCCAUCCCAGACCCAGGGCCGGCCUCAGGCGCCUGCCCAGGCUGGCCACCAGAGGGCGCCUCCUGGUGCUGAUGAACGCUCCAGCCCUGGGGAGGCAGGUGACAGAGAGCCUCCCCUCUGCCCUGCCGCCCCGCUUCGGCUGCAGGGGCCCAGAUGUGACUGCUGGGUCCAGGGCCAGCACCGUACAGGGCCAGGAGGGGACUGCAGCUCAGAGAUCAGAGACCUUGAGAGCAAAGGAGGACAUACUUGCAGCGCUGGCGCCUUGAGGCACUGCUUCGCAGGCUCCAGGGCUCCCAGCAGGCCAGGCGCCUGGCAGCCGUGUGGCAGCGCUGGGUAGAUGCUCAGGGGGCGGAGCAGCUGGCGCGGACACUGCUCAGGCAGUGGCACCUGAGGCGGGCCUGGCGACUGUGGCGGCAGCGGGUCCUGCGGCUGCAGGUGGCUCAGCGGCUACGGCAACAGGAAGACGCCUGGGUCCUUUCCCAGGCUGCUCUGUGGACACUGGCCCCCCUCUCCUUCCCCUGAGCCAGCGAAGACUUGCAAGCAGGGACUGGGACAGGGACCAGCCCGUGUGCAUGUGUCCGUCCAGCCCCUGGGCAGCACGGCUCGAGGGCACGGGGGAGCCGUGCCAGGUGAACGGCUUCUGGGACAGGGCAGGGUGUCCCUGCACCCCUCACAGCCAGGGCAGGAAAGGGAAGGGCAACGGCUCCACCACGCACAAGGGUUCAGACCCCUUCAACCCUUAA